AUCUGGCAACACUUAAGAUAAUGCCAUGCUUGCGGAAUUGGCUACGUGAAAGAUGUUGAGUUGUACAUGUUUUCUGAAUUAAAUUCCUUUAUAUAAAAAUGGAAGAAGAAAGAAAUUUAGAAGAAGUUGUUUUUGGAGCUGGAGAUGAUUUCUUAGAAGAGGAUGAACAGAUUGAAAUUUCAUUGAAAAAGACUAAACAUAAAACUUCAAAAGUAAAAAAGAGAAAACCUGCUUGGGUUGACGACGAUGCUGAUGAUAGUAAAAAAAUAGUAAAAACAGGAAUUUUAACACCAAAAUGGGCACAAAUGGAAAGGAAAGAUUGUGAAAUUGAAGAUGAUGAAAUUCUGAAACUUUCAAGAAACUACUUGAAAAAGUCUGAAACUUUACCUAAAACAGUAAUAGAAAUAUCAAAAUGUACCAAUCUAAAUUAUGAAGUAAAAGAAAAAGCUGUUAUUAAAUGUACAAAGUUUCAUCCUUCAUCUCAAGUAGCAUUAGUUGCUGGAUAUAAGGGCAUUGCUACUUUAUUUCAGGUUGAUGGUAAAACUAAUGCUAAGAUUCAGUCCAUAUAUUUUGAAAACUUCCCCAUUCAUAACGCAUGCUUUACAGUUGAUGGUUCUCAGUUUGUUGUAGGUUCUAAAGAAUAUGGAUUUUUCUUUUAUUACGAUAUGUUUUCUGGAAAAAUUGUAAAAGUUCCACAGGAAAAAGGAAUGGAUCAAUAUAACAUGCGAAGAUUUGAUGUGUCUCCGGAUGGAAGAUUCAUUAUAGUUUAUGGAAGAUUUGGAAAUAUUCAUUUAUUGAGUGCCAAAUCUAAAGAAUGGAUUUCUACAAUGAAGAUGAAUGGUGAGGUAUAUUCAAUAGCAUUUGACAAAGAAGGCUCAAAGAUGUAUUCUCAUGGUGGUGAUGGACAAGUAUACAUUUGGGACAUGAAUGCAAGAGAAUGCGUUCAUAAAUUUUAUGACGAAGGUUGCAUCAGUGGUACUGCCCUUGCCAUAUCUCCAAAUAAUAGAUAUCUUGCUUCUGGCUCUGAUUCAGGUGUAGUCAACAUAUAUCAUGUAGAUCAAUUAAUUUCAAAUAGCAAUCCUAAAUGUAUAAAAUCUCUAAUGAAUCUGACAACCGAGAUAACCAAUCUGAAGUUUAAUUGUACCAGUGAAUUACUAGCAAUGUCAUCUCUUUAUAAAGAUAAUGCAGUAAGAUUGGUGCAUUUUCCAUCAAUGACUGUAUUUUCCAACUUUCCUAAUCAUAAUAAAAAUCUGAAGCAUCCACAUUCGUUAGACAUAUCAUUAAACAGUGGCUUUUUAACGAUAGGAAGUAGUUCCGGUGUUGCUCAUUUAUUCAGGUUAAAACAUUACAACAACUACUGAAAGUGCCACUGUAUCAUGUUUUGUAUAAAUAAAAUCUCGUCAUUAUAUUUUAUAUAAAAAUUUGUCUACAUUGUUUAUUCAAGAAAAAUUCAUUUUAAUGCUUUUCAAUAAAUAAUAAAUUGUUUUGCAACUAACAUCUAUACUUUCAGUGUUGUAAAUCACUGCCUAAAGACAGGGAAUGAUGGAUGAGUA